AAAAGAAAAACAAACGAAUCCACCACUCCACUCAGCGCCACAAAUUCUUCCCUUUCUUUUUUUUAUCCUCCAUGGCUUCCCUCCUCGCUUCCUCUUGCUCCUCUCCCCUCCCUUCUUCUCCUUCUCCGCCAACAACGUCUACUUGUACAUGCAGCAAUCUUCUCCUUCGAGCACGGUUGCCAUUCUUGAAACCGAAACUCCCUUCUCCACCUCCCUGCUGUUCUCCCAGCAAGCGAAACCUCCUUCCCAACUCAACGGCCAAUCUCAUCGUCGUCCCGCCGCUUUUCCUCUUCCCCGGAUCAUCACCUCCCAAUACCCAGACAGUUUUAAUCACUGCUAGCGUAGUGGCCGCCAUUGCUCUCUCCCUUUUCCUCGGCCUCAAAGGAGAUCCAGUUCCGUGCAGCAAGUGUGCUGGAAAUGGGGGCACGAAAUGUGUGUUCUGCGAGAACGGCAAGAUGAAGCAAGAAACCGGCUUGAUGGACUGCAGAGUAUGCAAGGGUGCAGGUAUCAUCAUCAUCAUCAUCCUAUGGUUGAUACUGUGCAAGAAGUGCAGAGGUUCUGGGUAUUCUAGACGGCUAUGAUCUUGUUUUUGUCUGGGCAUUUAGUUACAUAUACCUUCUAUCUGCCUAUUUUUGGGUUCAUUUUCUUCUUUCUCCAUCCAUCUUAUAUGAUGUGUAAAUGCUUUGCUAUUUUUCUCCUCUGCUGUGCAACUUCUUGAGUAAUGUUGAGUACAGAAAUGUAAAUAUUGCUGUCUUAAAACAGCCCUACAACUUAUAAUGAUUCAUCCAAGUUUUGGCC